AUGGGUGAUAAUACUGAAUAUUACGAACUAGAUUCUGAUAUUGAUACCAUUCCUGAUACAUCAGGGACUAUUGAGGAAAUUGUUGAGGAAGUUGUUGAGACACCUGAGAAAAAAAUUCGAGUAAAUUUUCAGCAUCAACAUAAUUUAAAAUCCAAAAAAAAAAGUUUUGUUUGGAGUUAUUUCCAAGAAGAAAAUGGGAAUGAUGUAUGCAAAAUACUUAUCUCAGUAAAUGGUAAGGAAACCACAUGUGGUAAAAAUUACAAACAUGAUGGUUCAACUG